AGCAAUCAUGAGGACGACGAGGAUCAACUGUUGCACGAUCGCGGCGGUGGCGGCGGUGGAGACGGCGGAUCAGUGGAGGACGGCUACAACUCAGAGGACGAGGUGGGCAUCGGCGGCCCUCGCAAUGGCGGCGGCGCAACCAAUGGUGCCAGCAAUGGAAACAACAACAGCAACGGGAGCAGCGCUGUGGGCGCCAUGACAGCCUUCAACCCGCUGAACCUGGAGCAAGCAAUAAACCGACUGAAGGCACAGCAGCAGUUUGAAGACCAGCAGCACCAGCACCUGCAACAGGUGGUCGACAGGGAAAGGGGCCUAGGCAGAGGGGUCGUCGGCGGACAUCCCACCAGUGGGGACAUGGACGAGGAGGAGGAAGAGGAAGAGGGCGAUGAGGAGGAGGACGAUGAAGAGCAGCUGAAGGCGUCACAGAACGAGCUGGCCUUUAACAUUAUGCAGAGGCACGCGGCGCAAAUGGCUGCAGCGGCUGCUGCCGCCGGUCUCACCGGAAACCACCACGCGGCCCACUUUGCGGCCAACCUGGCGGCGGUGGGCGGCCUCAGUGGACUGAACCCGUCGGCGAUGUGCCAGUUCAAUUCGGCACUGCUCGGGGCAGCGGCGGCCGCUUCAAAUAACAACAACAACGGCAACCACAACUCCAACUCCUCACCCUCUGGCAACUCAGCCGGUGGUUCCUCUUCCUCGGGUGGUUCCGCCUCUUCCGCCGUGCUCGCCACCUCAUCAUCACCUUCGGCGUCGCACCUGCAGAGUAUCGAGCCGGGAAAGGGCUACACCUAUGAGGAGCAGUUUAAACAG